CACAGGGCCCUGGACAGGCUGGAUCCAGGGGCCAAAUCCAACAAGAAUUUCCCAUACCAAAACCUUUUCCAGAUGGAGGAGGAGGUUGUGAGGAAGACGAGGAUGCCCUGGGACAUGCAGGCAGACAAGGAGCAGAGGAUGGAGACCAGUGAGGACAAAGCCCCAUGGCACAACCUUGUAGCAGAGGCCAUUUUGAGUGGCUCCACAGCACAGGAAUACAAUGGGGAAGAAAAGCCGCAGAGAUCCUUCAGGAGGAGGGACUCCAAACCCAGCCCAGGGUGCUCUGAAAAGGAAAGAUGCACCCAGUGCCAAGAAGGUGGACAAAGCUUCAGCCAGAGCUCAGAGCUGGUGUUCCAUGAGCAGCUUCCUGACGGGGAGAAGCCCCACAAGUGCUUGGAGUGUGGGAAGAGCUUCAGGCAGAGCAGCACCCUGAUCAGCCACCAGAUGAUCCACACUGGGGAAUGGGCCUAUGAGUGUGGGGAGUGUGGGAAGGGCUUCAGCUGCAGCUCAAAACUUGUCAGGCAUCAACGCAACCACACUGGGGAGAGGCCCUACGAGUGUCCUGAGUGCCAGAAGAGGUUUCACACCAGCUCCCAUCUUCUCCAGCACCAGCAGAUUCACACAGAUGAGAGGCCCUUCGGCUGCCCUGAUUGCGGGAAGGGCUUCAAGCGCAACUCCCACCUCGUCAGGCACCAGCUCAUACACACUGGGGAGAGGCCCUACGAGUGUCCCACGUGUGGGAAGAGGUUUGCCACCAGCUCCAAUCUUCGCCUGCAUGUGCAGAUUCACACAGAUGAGAGGCCCUUCCGCUGCUCUGACUGUGGGAAGGGCUUCAAGCAGAAACUCAACCUUGUCAGGCACCGUCGGAUCCACACUGCGGAGAGGCCCUAUGAGUACCCCACAUGUGGGAAGAGCUUCCCCCAGAGCUCUGACUUGACCAGCCAGGAGUCACUGAUAAGGGAUGUUCUGCCAGUGCCCCAACUGCAGGAAGAACUUGAUGAACUGCUCCAGCUUCUUCCCCCAUUGGAGGACCCAUAUUGGAAAGAGCCCUGUGACCCAUGGUGGGAAGACAUCUGUUAAUUUUCCUGCCCCAGCCAAUGACAUGGUGUGGAAUUGAAGAACAUGAGGGUCUGGCCAUGGCCCUGUCAUCACAUUCAC